AUACGGGAUAUGUUUUGAUGAGCAUUCCAUGGUUUUUUUUCCUCUUCCAGUGCUGGCAAAUGUGCUCGCAGGCCCUUGUGUCUGGCAGGCUGUGGGCAUGGAGGCGAUGCGACGAUUCGCUGGCGAUUUGAGAUGUCCCCACAGACAUGUCCUUUCCAUCCAUGUCUUCUUGUGCCUUUGCGUACCUCGCCUAUCUGCCAUUUGCGUAGGACUUGGCCGUUUGCUCCUCCUCUGGCCUAUCCAGAGCCUGGGUCACCUUGCCCUUACGCGCGGAUCCUCUGCAGGAGGCCCAACGCUGACCACAAAGAAAAAAAAAAAACACUCGCCACGCAUGGGUACCGUCUCAGCCAGUUUGUUUGUCAACCCGCCUGCCUUCUCUGCCAGUCCUGCCUGCCGGACUGCCUGACGUCAACGCAGCUGGCGCAGGAGCUGGGCAGCCAUCAAGCCAACUAGCCGCAUGUGGGCAGACCUGGCCAUCCCUCCAAGACCCUAGCCAGCCAGCCUUCUCUCUUAAACCCCACCGCUCCCUCAACGACCCCGACCUGCUCGCCCUUCAUCAUUCGACUGCAUAACCAGCGCAAACACCUAUUCCGCGCAUUCCUACAACUUCUUCUUCUUUUUAUCAUAGGAACUAUUUUAUUUCAUCACCUCAAUCCCAUCCAAGCCUCGGCUGCUUGCCGCGUGUUCCCAGCUGUGAAGCCACGCGUUUUGCCUAGUCGCUUCCAAACAUUGGCCUGGAAGACCUCUUCUCAUCCGACCGUCAUCUGAUAUAUCAGGGUCGGCGAUGGCGGAUCGAGGAGCUGGUCGUGGUCGAGGACGCGGCGGCGAUCGCGGCGGCGAUCGUGGUGGCGGUCGAGGUCGCGGUGGAGGUGAUCGUGGUGGCGGCGACCGUGGCGGCUUCCGAGGCGGCGGUGAUCGCGGUGGCUUCCGUGGCGGCGGUGAUCGCGGUGGCUUCCGUGGCGGCGGUGAUCGCGGUGGCUUCCGUGGCGGCGGCCGAGGUGGCGACCGUGGGGCUUAUGGCGGCGACCGUGGCGGUGGCGAUCGCGGAGGCUUCCGGGGCGGUGGAGGCUUCCGCGGUGGAGACCGUGGUGGUGGAGGCUUCCGCGGGGGCGACCGCGGCGGAGGAGGCUUUCGAGGAGGUGACCGUGGCGGCUUCCGGGGCGGCCGUGGUGGCUUCGACGACUCGGUGAACCGGGUUUUCAACCCAACCAACUUGGUCCCUGCCCCAGAUCCCAGGGUUACUGAGCUGGAGAACAAAUGGAUUAAGAAUCCUACUUCUGUCACCACCCUGGAGGAACUCAGCGCCGGCCUUAGCAAGCUGGGAGUUACUGCCUCCGCAUCAGAGCAUGUGAUCCUACCCCGCCGUCCGGCUUAUGGCACGGCCGGAACCGCCAUUGUCGUCUGGGCCAACUUCUUCAGUGUCAACAUCAAGGCCCGGACACUGUACAAGUACGCAAUCACAGUCAUACGGUCAGCCGACCAGAAGCAAGCUACUGGGUCUAAGAAGCCAGCCGACCAGGUCCUUGGCAAAGUCCGCCGUGAGGUUGUGCGGAAAGCCGUGGCCGAGGUCCAGAAGAGGAACACAAAAGUUGUCAUAGUCUCUGAGUUCAAGGGCCAAGUCGUUUCCUCGGCCGAUCUCAGCCUGCCAGGCGACCGCGCGGUCCCGGUCCAGCACACCGGCAGCGGCAGGAAAAAGGCCGAGGACUACGUCGUCCAAUUCGCCGACACGGAAGCGAUCGACAUCAACAAUCUCCUCACAUGGCUCAACACGAUGGACGACAAGCUUGACCCGACGACCUUCCCCAAGUUUUCGGCGACAAUCGACGCCAUCGGCGUCAUCAUGGGCCACCAAGCGAGGAUCUCCGAUGAUGUUGUCCCCCUCGGAAGCGCCCGCUUUUAUCCUUCGGAAACUCACCGGCUGGCGGAGUUUGAGCAACUGUCUGCACUGAGGCAGAUUGUGCGAGGAUUCUUCCUCUCAACUCGACCGGCAACUGGGCGCCUUCUAGUCAAUCUGAACGUCACUGCCGGAAUCUUUUGCCGGUCUGGAAGCCUCGACGGUCUCCUCAUGGACCUGUUCAGAGAGGUCAAUCUCCAGCCUGGCGAGUACCGCACAUGGAAGUGGACUGGAGUCAACAGGAAGCUGAAGCGCGUCAAGAUCGAGGUCUGCAUGUGGGAGAAGGAUGGGAAAGAGCGCUGGGCGGAGCGUUCGAUCCUCGAGCUUUCCAGAGGCACUGCGAGCGAGAUGAAGUUCAGGCUGAAUCCUCCGAAGGACCCGUCGUCCGACUUCUGGCUUGGAGGAAAGCCACUCCCGUACGGGACUGAUGUGACCGUGGCAGAAUACUACCAGAGGAAGUACAAGAAGACGCUUAACCCUAGGUUGCCGCUUGUCGUCACCGGGAACGCAAAGAACAAGAUGUUCUUCCCGACCGAGUUCUGCAGAGUCGUCAAGGACCAGAACUCUACGGGCAGGCUCAACGCGCAAGAGUCAACAAACAUGAUCAACUUUGCUUGCCGGAGCCCCUUCAGCAACGCGGAAUCCAUCACCAAGACGGGUCGGGAGCUCUUGUCGUUAACCGGGGUCAACAGGAUUCUGCGGGAGUUCGGCAUCGAAAUUGGCCAGAACCUGAUCACAGUCAAUGCCCGGAUCCUGCCGAGCCCCAAGAUCAGCUACCUGGGGACGUCAAGCAUGGUGACGCCGUCGGACGGAUCGUGGAACAUGCGUAACGUCAAGGUUGUGCAGCCCGGGUCUGUUCCGUCCUGGGGAUUCGUCAACAUCAACGGCCAGAAUCCGCGCUUCCAAACGUCGAUGGAGGAGGUCACCAACGUCAUGAAGGCCUUUGCUGAGUUCCAGGCGAAGAAUAUGGGAAUUAGGAUCGGGCCUUUGACUCAGAGCACCAAACGUGCUCAGAUGAUCCAUCGAGAGGGCUCGGAGCUCGACGAUUUCAGGAAUGCUGUCAAGUCGAUCUCGCCGGCUCCGAUGAUGCUGUUCGUCGUAAUCCCAGACUCCAAAGACGCGACUCUGUACAACUCCAUCAAACGGGUCGGUGACGUCGAGCUCGGGGUCCACACGGUUUGCAUGGUGCGCAAGAACCUGUUCAACGACCGCGGCCAGAUGCAGUACUUUGCGAACGUUGGCCUCAAAGUCAACCUCAAGGGCGGGGGUGUCAACCACAAGCUCUCAGCCGACAUCCCACUGCUCAAGGCCGGCAAAACGAUGGUGGUGGGCUGGGAUGUACUGCACCCCACCAACCUUGGCGUCGACAAGGAAUCGGGCCUCCCAUCCGUGGCUGGGCUCGUCGCUACCGUCGACGGAAAUCUUGGACAGUGGCCGGCGGUUGGUUGGGCUCAGGCGGGUGGCCAGGAGAUGGCCGACUCCAAGCUCCAGGGUGCAUUCGAGAGCCGCCUGCGUCUUUGGAUGAAGCACAACCAGAAUCGGGUCCCCGAGAACAUCCUCAUCUUCCGGGACGGCGUUUCUGAGGGGCAGUUUGCCACGGUGGUCAACCAGGAGCUACCCAUGGUCCGGAAGGCUUGCGCGGCCAUCUAUCCGGCCAAGCAGCGGCCGAAGAUUACCAUCGUCACGGCUGUUAAGCGGCAUCAGACUCGCUUCUUCCCGUCUCACGAAAGCUCCAAAACCAGGACCGGAAACGUCCUUCCAGGCACAGUGGUGGACCGCGACAUCACGACGGCUCGCUACUGGUCGUACUUCAUCGUCGCGCACAAUGCGCUCAAGGGAACCGCCCGCCCGGCCUCGUAUACCGUCCUUCACAACGAGAUCUUCCCUUCGGUUAAGGGACAGAACGCUGCGGCAGAGCUCGAGAAGCUGACGCACGAGAUGUGUUACCUUUUCGGCCGGGCUACCAAGGCAGUGUCCAUCUGCCCGCCCGCCUACUAUGCCGACAUCGUGUGCACGCGCUACAGGGCGUACCUGUCGGAGUUGUUCGACGGCGUCAUCUCUGGAGGGAGUGUCACGAGCGGGUCUAGCGGCUCGUCUGGAAACGCACAGCGCCUGCUGGAGGCCGCCGAUAAGUUCAGCGUCCACCAGAGGAUGCAGGACUCGAUGUUUUACAUCUAGAGUCUUGCUCAGGUGGACUCGCAGCUGCCAAUCUUUUCCCAUUCUUUUUCAUCUUCAUUUUCUGUCUUUGGACUCUAAGAUUGACGACUAUCUGUGGCUUAUAGGCCUAGCCGGGCCUGGGGCAGAAGCGAUGAUUCCACAUCCUGGAUAUUAUGUACUGGAUAUUCAUUUUGGAGCGUGUGGUGGUGUACUUGGUUGCCGCAUGGCAUCUUUCCGGAUAUCGUGGUUCUCGGGUUGGCUCAGGCCGGACGGGAAUCACUAGGUAGCGAAAAAGUUUUACUGUAGGGAUUACAAAUACCAAUGAUGGUCCAAUCUUUUCGGA